CGCCGGCCGUCCGGCUUCGCCCUUCCCGGCAGUCGGGAACUUGUUCUGAUCCUCGGCGCCCCUCGAAUCCCCGCUGCCCACCCCUCGGCACCCUGGAUAUGUUUUCUCCCAGACCUGGAUAUUUCUUCGAUAUCGUGAAACUACGGGGGAAAUAACUGCGGGGCUUUUUUUUUUUUUUUCCUCUCGUCUCCGUGCUUCUCCCCACGGACAUGCCUUCAGUUUGGGGCGCCGAGGCACCCAGUCCUGGGCGAAUGAACACCCCCAGCCGCGAGGGAGAGAAAUGAAGGGAAUUUGUGCAGCGGAAUGAAAACUCUGCCGCUUGGUCCUCUCCUCUGCCAUUUGUCCUUUCAAACUGCAUUGUAAUACGGGCCGGAGAAGUCCGACGAGAGCGAGGACUAGUCUCCCGGCCGCGUUUCUCCGCCCGUAUUCACUUUCCGUCUUUCUCUUUCUCUGCUCUCCUUCUCGGCUGACCCAGGGAUGACUUCGUCGCCGCGGCGGCCCCGGCGGGUGCCCUCGCUGCUGUGGACCGUCCUGCUGGUCAGCGCUGCGGCCGCUUCUCAGAAUCAAGAACGUCUCUGUGCAUUUAAAGAUCCAUAUCAACAAGACCUUGGGAUAGGUGAAAGUAGAAUCUCUCAUGAAAAUGGAACAAUAUUAUGCUCAAAAGGUAGCACCUGCUAUGGCCUUUGGGAGAAAUCAAAAGGGGACAUAAAUCUGGUAAAACAAGGAUGUUGGUCUCACAUUGGUGAUCCCCAGGAGUGUCACUAUGAAGAAUGUGUAGUAACUACUACCCCACCCUCAAUUCAGAACGGAACAUACCGGUUCUGCUGCUGUAGCACAGACUUGUGUAACGUCAACUUUACUGAGAAUUUUCCACCUCCAGACACAACACCACUCAGUCCACCUCAUUCAUUUAACCGAGAUGAGACAAUAAUCAUUGCAUUGGCAUCAGUCUCUGUAUUAGCUGUUUUGAUAGUUGCCUUAUGCUUUGGAUAUAGGAUGCUAACAGGAGACCGCAAACAAGGUCUUCACAGUAUGAAUAUGAUGGAGGCAGCAGCAUCAGAGCCCUCUCUUGACCUAGAUAAUCUGAAACUGUUGGAGCUGAUUGGCCGGGGUCGAUAUGGAGCUGUAUAUAAAGGUUCCUUAGAUGAACGUCCAGUUGCUGUAAAAGUGUUUUCCUUUGCAAACCGUCAGAACUUUAUCAAUGAGAAGAACAUUUACAGAGUGCCUUUGAUGGAACAUGACAACAUUGCUCGCUUUAUAGUUGGAGAUGAGAGAGUCACUGCAGAUGGACGCAUGGAGUAUUUGCUUGUGAUGGAGUAUUAUCCCAAUGGAUCUCUAUGCAAGUAUUUAAGUCUCCAUACAAGUGACUGGGUAAGCUCUUGCCGUCUGGCUCAUUCUGUGACUAGAGGACUGGCUUAUCUUCAUACUGAAUUACCACGGGGAGAUCAUUAUAAACCUGCAAUUUCCCAUCGAGAUUUGAACAGCAGAAAUGUUCUGGUGAAAAAUGAUGGAACCUGCGUUAUUAGUGACUUUGGGUUGUCCAUGAAGCUGACUGGAAAUAGACUGGUACGCCCAGGGGAGGAAGAUAAUGCAGCCAUAAGUGAGGUUGGCACAAUCAGAUAUAUGGCACCAGAAGUUCUGGAAGGAGCUGUGAACCUUAGGGACUGUGAAUCAGCUUUGAAACAAGUAGAUAUGUAUGCACUUGGACUAAUUUAUUGGGAGAUAUUUAUGAGAUGUACAGACCUCUUUCCAGGUGAAUCUGUACCAGAAUACCAGAUGGCUUUUCAGACAGAGGUUGGAAAUCAUCCCACUUUUGAAGAUAUGCAGGUUCUGGUGUCUAGGGAAAAACAGAGACCCAAGUUCCCAGAAGCUUGGAAAGAAAAUAGCCUGGCAGUGAGAUCACUUAAGGAGACAAUCGAAGACUGUUGGGACCAGGAUGCAGAGGCUCGGCUUACUGCGCAGUGUGCUGAAGAGAGGAUGGCUGAACUUAUGAUGAUAUGGGAAAGAAACAAGUCUGUGAGCCCAACAGUCAAUCCAAUGUCUACUGCUAUGCAGAAUGAGCGCAACCUGUCACACAAUAGGCGUGUGCCAAAGAUUGGCCCUUAUCCAGAUUAUUCUUCUUCCUCAUACAUUGAAGAUUCUAUCCAUCACACUGACAGCAUUGUGAAGAACAUUUCCUCUGAGCAUUCGAUGUCCAGCACACCUUUGACCAUAGGGGAAAAGAACCGAAACUCAAUUAACUAUGAACGGCAGCAAGCACAAGCUCGAAUCCCCAGCCCUGAAACGAGCGUCACCAGCUUGUCUACCAACACCACAACCACAAACACAACUGGCCUAACUCCAAGUACCGGCAUGACCACUAUAUCCGAGGUGCCAUACCCAGAUGAAACAAGUCUUCAUGCCACCAAUGUGUCACAGCCAGUCGGGCCAACUCCUGUCUGCUUACAACUGACCGAAGAAGACUUGGAGACCAACAAGCUGGACCCAAAAGAAGUCGAUAAAAACCUCAAGGAAAGUUCUGAUGAGAAUCUCAUGGAGCAUUCUCUUAAACAAUUCAGUGGGCCAGACCCACUGAGCAGUACCAGUUCUAGCUUGCUUUACCCACUUAUAAAGCUUGCAGUUGAAGUGACUGGGCAGCAGGACUUCACACAGGCUGCAAAUGGCCAAGCAUGUUUAAUUCCUGAUGUCCCACCCGCUCAGAUCUAUCCUCUCCCCAAGCAACAGAACCUUCCUAAGAGACCUACUAGUUUGCCUUUAAACACCAAAAAUUCAACAAAGGAGCCCAGACUGAAAUUUGGCAGCAAGCACAAAUCAAACUUGAAACAAGUAGAAACUGGAGUUGCCAAGAUGAAUACAAUCAAUGCUGCAGAACCUCACAUAGUGACCGUCACUAUGAAUGGUGUGGCUGGCAGAAACCACGGCGUUAAUGCCCAUGCUGCCACUACUCAGUAUGCCAAUGGGGUCGUACCAUCUGGCCAGACAGCUAAUGCGGUGGCACACAGAGCCCAAGAGAUGCUGCAGAAUCAGUUCAUUGGUGAGGACACUCGGCUGAACAUUAAUUCCAGUCCUGAUGAGCAUGAACCUUUACUGAGACGAGAGCAGCAGGCUGGCCAUGAUGAAGGUGUCCUGGAUCGUCUUGUGGACAGGAGAGAACGGCCCCUAGAAGGCGGCCGAACUAAUUCCAACAACAACAACAGCAAUCCAUGUUCCGAGCAAGAAGUUCUCACACAGGGUGUUCCAAGCACAGUAGCAGACCCUGGACCAUCAAAGCCUAAAAGAGCACAGAGGCCUAAUUCUCUGGAUCUUUCAGCCACCAAUGUCCUUGAUGGAAGCAGUUUGCAGUUAGGUGAGUCAACACAAGAUGGCAAAUCAGGAUCUGGUGAAAAGAUCAAGAAACGAGUGAAAACUCCCUAUUCUCUUAAGCGGUGGCGCCCCUCCACCUGGGUCAUUUCCACUGAACCACUGGACUGUGAGGUCAACAACAAUGGCAAAGACAGGGCAGUGCAUUCCAAAUCCAGCACCACUGUUUACCUUGCAGAUGGAGGCACCGCCACGACGAUGGUGUCUAAAGAUAUAGGGAUGAACUGUCUGUGAAAUGUUUUCAAACCUAUGGAGUGAAAUUAUUUUUUGCAUCAUUUAAAUGUGCAGAAGACAUUAAAAGAAAAAACUGCUUUAUCCUCCUGUCAGUAUCCCCUCCUACCCCUGCAACAAGGACUUGCUUUAAAUAGAUUUCAGCUAUGCAGAAAAAUUUAGCUUAUGCUUCCAUAUUUUUUAAUUUUUUUUUUAAGUUUUGCACUUUUGUUUAGUCUCGCUAAAGUUAUAUUUGUCUGUUAUGACCACAGAAUUAUAUGUGUGUGUAUCAAAAGUGGUCUCAAAAUAUUUUUUUAAGAAAAAGCAGAAACAAUGUAUUGCUGAUAAUCAGUUUGGACCAGUUUCUAAAGGUCAUUAAAUCAGAAGCAAAUUAAGACAGGUUUGACUGCAGUGGUGUCUGGUAUCCAUGUUUUAUUUCUGGGCACAAGCUAGUUUGUAUGUUGAUAUGUUCCUGAACGCAUUAUCUGUUGGACAUUCUUUUCUCUGUGUUUUGUUUGAAUGUGCAAUAGUCUAUAGGCCACAAAUAAGCUUUCUCGUAAGCUCUCUUCCUAACAGAGCACACAUUCUUCCAAGAUAUGAACAUUUUCCUUCCCCACCCUCCAUACUUUUGGCAGGUCAGUUCUUUGACAGUGAGUUUUUGCACAAGAGAAAGCAGCUACCUGAUUUCUUGCUUUCUCUCUCCUUAUGGAGAAUGCAGAAACAUUGUCUCAAAGGGCUCUAAAGAAGGAACUACCAAAACCUAAUUUGAAAUGCCAUUUCUUUUAUCCUUCCAAAUCCUAAACAUUUCCUUCCGGGCAUUUUAAUAAACAUACUUGGUUUCUGGUUUUGGAAGUUUGUAAGAGCACAGAACAAAAAGUGAGUCAAAUAUUAGCUGUUUUCCAUUUUAUUUUUUAUAUAUAUGUUUGUGUUCCAUAUUCAUUUAUUUAAGAAGCACAUUUUUAUCAGAAAACUUACAGAGCUUUCCUUAUGGAAUUUUCAAGUAGGUAGAUGGUUAACACAAUGUAGUAUUAUAGUCUUCAUUCUCUGAAUAUGCUGUGUUUGACAUAAAUAAAAUUACAUCCUGUUUAAAAUAACUUCAAAAGUAAUUCAUAGCUGUGAACCUGUAGUAUAUUUUUUAUUCUUUUCCCAAACGAGGCCUGGUAACUUUAUCUGGAAAUUAUUCCUGUUCCCAUGACCUAAAACACUGUGUGGAAAAAUCAUUCAGCUGGCAUGCCAAGUCCCUGUGAAAGGAAGAAUUGCUGCCAAACCUGUCAUUUUUGAGCAGACUGGGACUUACCUCUCUCUUUUCUAAACUGUGUUUCUUCACUAAUCUUAUUUUCAUAGUUUUUCCAUUUGCCAGUUUUUACAUCAUCUUUGAUAUGUGAGCACCAUUUUAUGAUUUACAUUAUAUUAGAAUGUACCUUUUAGUGAUAACAUCAUGUAUCAUGUUGUUUUUAAAGCUUCCUUUGCUUCUUUCAUUACUGAUAAUCGUCUCUAAAACAACCUCUGCAUGUUUUUUUCUUUUUAAAUAAAGCACUUUAUGUCAAAUAAGGGACUUUUUUAUAAGCACAAAUUAUUUUCUAUCAGUUUGCAAACAAUGGAAGAGCUCACUUUUCCCCCCAGAUUCUCAGAUUACUUCAUAGACUUUCAGUUCUAAGAUUUCUCUGGAGAUAAAAAGCUCACAGGAAAACACAAAUUCCUGAUUGAGGUUUUUAUCUCCUGAACAAAGUUUUCUCACUCAUAUUCUUCUAUCCGCAUCACUUAGCUAAAGAUAGACUCUGUUUCUCAAUUUGCUAUCCGAAAUACGUAUGUGUGACUUACUUGUGUACAUAAGCCUUCUUUUGUUUGCCAUCUAUUGUGAUCUUAUGAAGAGAGAUGUCACAGUGCUUAACCAUUUAUUCAGCUGGAUUGCUGAACACGGUUUUAAAAUCUUAGAAAUGACAUUAUUUUGCUAGUGCCCGAGAUUUCCACCUUUUGUAUUUUAUUGGCCCUUCUGUUCAUUCAGACCCUUAAUAUAUUUUUCAAUCGUCUGGCAUAAAAAUUUUUCAUUUAUUUUUUUAUCUAUGUAAUGAAUAUUUAUAUUUUUCCUGUAAAAUUUCCCUUGGUUCUCUUAAUUUUAAAUGUCUUCCAACUGCAUUUCAGGAUAUUAUUUUUAAGUAAUUGUAGAACACCUUUGAGUCAAAAUAACUUACAUUUCUUCUUCAAUUGGAAGCAACAAAGAUAAAUAACUAUUUGAGGUCUAACUGAUCUUUUCCAGACAGAAGAAGAGUUGCCUUACAUUCUACUACACUGUGUUUGGGCCAGUUGAUUGUAAGUUUUUCAGGAUCUUUUAGUAUUUAGUAGUAAAAUGCUCUCAAAAAUUGGUAUACCAAAUUAAAAGAACUCCUUAUAGUUUCCCAUUUUAUGCAAGCAUGCUUAAAACAAAUAAUUUUCUUUCUCUAUGUUUUUAUUAGCAGACUCUUGGUAAAGUAGGAGAAAUAGAGAGUGUAGAUCAUUUUAAUAAAUUUUAAGUUAAAUUUACCUCAGACUGAUUUAGAAUCUGUUUGCAAAUAUACAGGCAAGCAAAAUUACAUAAAAUACUCAUUUGCAAACUAUUUAAUAAUAAAUGUAUCUUCAAUCUAAUAUUUAACUGUAUGCAAAAAUUUUUGCAUGUAGAAAAGCAUUUGGGUCCCUUUGAAUAAGAGGCCAUUCAUUUAAUGAAAAAAAAUACUAAAAUUCAACCUUAAAAGUAUUAUAACCUUAAAAGCAUCAUAAUAGGUAAUCAGAAUAAUUCCCUUAACUAUCAUAAUUGUAUAUCAGAACUAAGUCUUUGAAAGAACGUAAUUUUAAUUGAAUGUAGACAAAAUGAUUUAAUGAUAGUUCCUAAGAAGUUCCCUCUUUUUAAAUGCAUAGUUGGGGGAGGAAAGAAUACUGGUGUGAAAAGUUACGGGAAGGCAAAGGAGUAGAUACAGAUACUAAUUGGCUAUUUAUUACAUACUGAAUGCUGGAAUAUAAAUACAUUAUCUCUUUGAUUCCUCAUGACAACCAUAUGAGAAUUAUGAUUAAUAUUCCCAUUUUACAGUAGGAGAAGCUGAAGCUAAGAGAAGCUAACUAGUUUGCCUGAGGUUUGUACCUUGUAAUUGACAAAGCUGUGAUUUUCUAACCUAGGCCUGCUCUCUUCACAUCUCUUUCAUCCACACCACACUGCCUACACGCUGUAUGACAGGAUGCUUGAUAGACUAACAUUUUGUAAGAAAUUUAGUCAUUAAACUCCAGCACAAUUGUGGCUUGAAUAUAAGCCAAACCAGAUACCUUAAUGGCUUUAGAGUGAGGAAAACACAAGAUGUACAGACAUGUCUGUGGUGUUUGUUGCUUGAGAAAUAAUUACUAAUUUCAAGAUAAAAUUCAGUUCCACAUGUGCCAUCAUGAAUCUUAAAAAUCAUUUAACUUCUCUUCACUCCCGACAUUCUUAUAUUGCAAAACUAAAUGGGAAAGGCAAAGGUGAAUUGUGGGAACAGAGACCUUUUCCUAAAUUGAUUCCAUUCUUGAUUUGGUGGAAUUAAUUUAAUGUGUCCCAUCAGUCCUUGCACUUCAUUUUGAAAAUUUCUACUUUUAAUGACUUUAGAAAAUUUUACUAAUUCAGUUAACUAAUAGAAGAGGCUGUAGGAAGGAUAGAAGGAAAUACAGUUUUUAUAAAGCAAUUUGUAUAGCUUCGUUAGGUGUAUCCACUCACUCUGGAAAAUGUGUUGGUUCUGAAUGUGACAAUAAUUAAAUAAAGGUGGGAACUCUCAAACAAGUAUGUGUUUCAGUGGGAAUUAUCACAAAAUUUGGCAAGUAUGUUUAUUUAAAAUAUUUUCCAUCUUGGCUUCUAAAAGCCAGAUGAAAUUCAACAAACUUUUUUUUUUUCUUAUUUAUAAAAAUAUUUCAUUGGAGGUAAUUAGCUCCUAGAAUGUGAGAUUACAUUGUAUUUCUAUAUAACCUUUUAUAAAUUUAUGUUAAACUUACUACCAGUUGUAUGCAGGCUAUUACAUAUAUCAAUAACUAUUCACAGAUUGCUAUAUAUAUUAUUCUAUCUUCCAAGCUAACUUCUUAAACUUAGAAUCUGUACACACAUGGUAGUUGAUUAUCUAGACCAGUUAUCCUAGAAAUUAUGUUAUUUUCCCAUAGACACCCCAGGAGUCUUUCAGAGCCAAGAUUUUUCUAAAUAUUCAUACCUUUUACUGUCAGUUUGCUCAUCAGCAAAUAAAAGUUCAUUUUAACUUUUAGAUUCUGAACUAUGUAAACUUUAGCCAAAACUACCUUGUGUGACCCACUCCUAGAUGAUAAUCCUUGAUUAAGUAAAUCUGUCAAAUCACUAUUUGAACUAGUUUAUACAAAUAUUAUCAAAAGUAGGCUUUUCUACUGGUUCCCUGAUUAACAUACAAGAAAAGAGGAAAUCCCAGGGUGGCACUCUGGGUUUACUUUACUUCAUUCACCUCUUAGUUUCUGUCUUACUCUGACUUGCAAUCUUCUGUGUCUGGAAGGUUUUCUUCACAUUUAUUCUGCUUCCCUCCUGUUUAAUUUUGUAUCUGUUCCUCUUAACCAGCAGAUAAAAUAAAAAGGAGGAUGACCAACUGGUCAUCCUCUCCAAUAUUUGUUAUUCAGUAUGCUUCAAGCUUCUUGACACUAAAGUCUCAGUUCUUCACACAAAAUUUCUUUGGUUCCUUUACCAUUUUCUCCUCAGUUUUAUUUUCAUACCUACUUAUAUUUAAGAAUACCUAAAAUUAUAUUUUGUUAUAUUCAAGUUCAUUACUCCAUUUAUAGUUAAAUAGGGUAGAGUUGAGAAUUAAGAUUUUUUCCAUUUGACAGUAGAUCCAACCAUCGGAUUGUCAGCAAAUCAGCACUUCAGUUUAUAUUAUCUAACAUUUUUUUAUCAAAUUGUGGAGUUUUGUGAUUUUUAUACUGUCAAUAGUUUAUAACUAAAAAGUCAUGCAUGCAGAAUUAUAUAUCACUUUACUGUUACUUUUAACCUAUAUUGCAGCUGGCUUAGCAUUAUGAUUGAGCCACAACAUUUUACAUGUUUCUUUGCAUCAAAUAUUAAACACAAAAUGCAAGAUUAACUUUCAAAAGCAAACCCUACAACAAUCAAGUAUUAUCUACAAACAUUUUUGCAGACCACUUUUGAAAUACUUAUCAUUGUUUUGCAACAUAGACUGGACUAUUACAACUUUUAUUUAACUUUUAAGUGACUGGUUAAAAUUGAGUGUUGUGCAUAUAAAGAAAAAUUUACGGUUUAUCUCAUGGCUGGUAACAUUUGAAAAAUAAAUAUUUAAGAAUUUAUGCUGUGUAUUAAAAUUAUGCCCCAAAUAAAUAUAUCUUGAAAAUUCUAAUUCCAUUAUUACUGUGAUAUCCAUUGUGUUACUAUUAAAUGUUAUAAAAUUAAUUUUUUAAAUUUGAGACCCAGAUUUUAAAAUCUGAGUAAGAGACAAAGAAUCUUAUCACCAAUUAGCUCGUCCAGUUUAUGACAAUAUUUAAGCAAAUUGCUGUAUUUUAAACUGCAACUUGUUUUUGUCUUUAAUGUUUUAAAAGACGACAUGUAGGUUUUUUCCAUUUUAUUUGUACUUUAAGAUUUCAAAACCAUCUUCCUGUUUUAGACUCACUCUAUAGACAUAGUAUUACUUAAAAACUCAGGGGCCCUUUCAUCCCUUUGCACAUUGAAAAACUUCAAUUGAUAGCAAACAGGCAAUUAGAUACAGUUGAAUAUUUAAAUUUUUGUUACACACAGAGUUCAUUUAAUGUUUCAUGCUAUGAUUUGACUUAACUUACAUAGAUACCAGAUUUCAUUAAUCAUAAAAACUUGCCCAAUUUUAUAAUUACUGAAUAGAGGGAAAUGACUCAACUAAUUGACUACAUGUUACGGCAUAUGUAGGCCUUAGAGUUGAAGCGCAGUCUUCAACCCAUUUCUGUUUGGUUAAAUAGUUAUACAUGAGACAGUUAAUUUUGUUUCAUUUUUUAAUGGGGGAAUUUGGUAAAGUAGUUCCUCAGAAAUAAAAUUUUUCAAGAGGUAAAUUAACAUUAUUAAACUGUCUUGAAAAGUGAACUAGUGAAUUUAUAGCUUUAGUAAUAAAGAUGGUUUUGAGAAGGUAACCUAUGGUAACCUAUUUAUCACAUCAUCACAUCCAAAUAGAAUUUUUCUUCCAGACAAGUUCAGGCUCCAAAUUAGUAAGCUGUAUAUUUAAAAUCCUUGCAGUGAAGUUACUUGUAACAAGUCUCUUGUCUCAGGCUCUCCACCUUAUUACCAAUCCUCUGAAGUGUGAUAGGGAAACACAUUUUUAAAGCUUAACAAUAAGAAAACUGAGCUAUUAAUAAAAGAUGAAAUUCAAAGAUAAGUCCUGGUUUAAUGCUAAAUCGCUUGGAGUCUGUGGCUUUUCUUUUUAUGGUCACGUUUAUUUAUUUAAGCAGUUUUUGUAUGCCUUGUCAUGUUUCCAUAGAUGAUAUAUUGUGUAAGUGUUUGUAUAAGCUGGAAUCAUCCUUAAUUUUCUGUUGAUAAUUUUUCAGAUGAAGAUAAGUGGAUAAUUGUAAAAUACACUAACUCUUAGGGUGUUGUAGUAGCCGAAACAUGGAAAUGUGUAGCCACCGUGCUUUUUCUAAAUGGACAGGAGAAACAUAAGCUACAGAGUAUUCAUUUCUGAGGAUGCUUUUCUCUAGUGAGAAAGGCUGAAAAAUAUUGGCAAUUCCUCAGAACCCUCUUUCUUGUUAACGGGUAUCUCUUGUUGGUGUGUUUUGCUCUUACAUUACCAAUAGAAUAUCAUAUAUGAAUUUAUGAAUAAUUGCUUUCAGUUAUUUUGCUUUUGUAUAAGCCGUCUGAGACCUUGCUAUGCUGUAUAAGUUGUGUUUGAUGGAUCGGUGUGAGUAUGAAAUAAAGCAAAUCACUUUUCUUUUGCAUUAUCUAUGGAUGCCACUAUGGAAGCUGACAUUAAGCCACUAAAGAGUUUUCUAUGAAUAAUUGUAAGUAAAUGCUUUGAUAUAUAUAAACCUAAAUAAAAAGAUUGUAUUGAUACAGAGACAUUGGAGAAGGAGAUUUUAAGGGAGUUCUUUAGGUUUAAAAAAGGCUUGCUGUAAAAUGGUGCAUUAUUCCAUUUAUUAAAGAUCAUAUUAAUGACAACAGUGA